GAGAGCACGCACAGAACGCUUUCCAUCUCUAAAACGUUGAAAAUAGUCAGACUCUAGCAGUAUUUAUCUCGUAAAGUGAAGAUGGAGCAUGCCAGGGACGCCCAUGAUCAGCCCAGAAUGAACGGCCGCCGUGGGGGUGGACCUCAAAGUGCUGUGCGUAUAGGGGCCGCCCGCGGAGGAAACGGGCCCACUAUCGCCAGGGCCAACCUGAACGGGGACGACAUUCACGUAGGGAGGAGGCAGAGACGAACCCGCUCGUCCCAGUCAGAGAGCCAGGGGUCCGGGGCUGAAGAGGAGUGGGUGUUCGGGUCUCCCCUGGAGGGGGCAACCUCCUUCGGCCAGAGCCCCGUCUUCCAGGGCCUGCUGGGGGAACACGUGUGGUACAACCGCUGGGCCUUCGAGCAGGCCGAGAGCGCCCCCCAGCGCAGGAACGGCAACCAGCCUCCCCUGUCGUCCUCCCCCAGGAACCAGGGCAGAGGCUCCCGUACCCUGACCUUCCGCUCCAGACGCCCCCAGCAGCAUCAGCAGCAAGGCCCCCCAGAGGAGGAACACCACCCCAGCUCCUACUCCCAGUCCCCUGGUACAGAAGGCUCUAAACGCCUGCCCGCCCAGGGUAGGGGCCGCGCCCGGUCCUUCUCUUCUGAGCCCCACGAGGGCCGGGGCCGGGGUUACCGUAGAGCCAGGAGGAGGGGCCUCUCUGAGACCGAAGGCAGGCCUCGAAGGGACAACAUCAACAUGAGUGGACUGCAGUGCCUUGCCCAGGAGAACAUCUGGUUCGACAAGCCCCACUAUGACGAGGCUGAGAAACGCUUCUACGAGGGGACCAACGGACCUUCACACCAACAGGAGAGGGAGGCUAGUGCCAUCCUGCAGGACAUUGCUAAAGCCCGCCAGAAUAUCCAGCAGUCCCUAGACGGAGUGAAGACAGCCCUGCAGUCGGGCAGAGAGCGCCCACAGAAACGCCGGCACAGGAACUCCUCCUCCCAUGCAGGAGGAGACCAGGAGCUGGUGUCUCGCAUGAAGAGCCUGGAACUGGAGAACCAGGGCCUGCACAAAGUGGUGGGUGAUCUGAGGGCAGCCCUAUCCAAGCUGGAGUCCAGAGUGUCCUCCCUGGAGAAGACUCCCAAAUCAGAAGCAGCAGUCCCCUGUGCCAAGGCGGCCUCCGUCCAGCAGGUGAAGGCAGCGCAGAACGGAGACGACGACGACGAUGACAUGGACCUGUUCGGCAGCGACGAGGAGGAGGACGCGGAGGCCGAGCGCAUCAAGGAGGAGAGGGUGGCGGCGUACGCUGCCAAGAAGUCCAAGAAGCCCGCCCUCAUCGCCAAGUCCUCCAUCCUGCUGGACGUCAAACCGUGGGAUGAUGAGACAGACAUGGCCAAGCUGGAGGAGUGCGUGCGCACGGUUCAGAUGGACGGCCUGCUGUGGGGCCAGUCCAAGCUGGUGCCCGUGGGCUACGGCAUCAAGAAGCUGCAGAUCUCCUGUGUGGUGGAGGACGACAAGGUGGGCACAGACAUGCUGGAGGAGGAGAUCACCCAGUUUGAAGACUACGUCCAGAGUGUUGACAUUGCUGCCUUUAACAAGAUCUAAGUCUCUCAUCAAAAAUGUUACUGUUGCUCUCGGCUUGCUCGGUUAUCAAUAAAAUGUUGAGCUUUAAGUACAAA